AUGGCAGCAUUCAUCCAGGGAGAGAGCAAAGCAAGGCGUCCGGAGAAAUGCUGUGAGGAGUGCGUGCCUGCCAAGGGGAGCUGCGUACAUGAAGGCUCUGUUAGAUACCACAAAGAGAUGUGGAGCGGCCCUCGGUGCGAGUUCUGCGUGUGCGACACAGGGCAGGUCUCUUGCUGGAAGGGAGAGUGCGCCAAAGUGGAAUGUGCCGUGAUUACAAGCUUUGCCCUGCUUUUUGGCGCCUCCGGGAGGCACACGCUACCUUUCGAUGGAGGCCAUCCCUUCCGGGAGAGGGAGGGGGGUGUCGUGGGCCACCCCGUCUUGACAGUCACGCCAAAUAAUUACAGGCUGAAAGACCUGGAGAGGGGUGAAGAUGGCCUCAGCGAACGGGAGUGCAUCAAAGAGAAGCUACACCUGAUGCAGGGCUUCUUGCGAGUGGAUAUUCAGAACCAGCUGAAAGACCUGGAGGCCCAGCUUCACCAGGAGGAACUCUCGGAGGAGCGGUACUUGGCCCAAGUCAAAGCCCUGCUCCCCAAAGAGCUCUCGUUGGAGAAUGGAGACGCCCCGGAACUCGGCCAGAAGCCCAACGGCUACGCAGAGAACGGCACCUGUGGCAGCGAUGACGAGUCCGAGAGACCGUGCCGCAAGGGGGUAGAGGAUGCCGCCAUGGAGACCGAAGAGGCAACCGCAUCUUCCUCCUCCUCCUCGGCCACGCUGGCCUCGCCGACCGUCUCGAAAGCCCGUCGGGGUCGGAGGAGCAAGUCCAACGGCGAGAACAGAAAGUCCCCCGGCAGUUCAAGGGUCACACGCAGUUCCGGCAAGCAGCCCACCAUCGUGGCCAUGUUUUCCAAAAG